CAUUUGUUGUCUGCUGUCAUCAUCCGCAUAUUCCUAUUGCAUUUUAUUAUUUAUUGUUUUUCCAUGAAAUUAUCGUGAAGUUUUCGUGUGUUACUUGAUAAAAAGCACCAUGGCGUCGGAGACGAGCUCGGCAGUGCUGGAGCUGAACGAUGCGGACACGGAGGAGACGGACGCCACCACCGUGACGGAUGACCUGCACGAGGGUCUGCCGCUCAUCAUGGAACACGGUUAUGAUAUCGCUGUUAAGGUGUGUACUGGUAUAUUCACAAUACAUGGCGUCGGAGACGAGCUCGGCAGUGCUGGAGCUGAACGAUGCGGACACGGAGGAGACGGACGCCACCACCGUGACGGAUGACCUGCACGAGGGUCUGCCGCUCAUCAUGGAACACGGUUAUGAUAUCGCUGUUAAGGUGUGUACUGGUAUAUUCACAAUACAUGGCGUCGGAGACGAGCUCGGCAGUGCUGGAGCUGAACGAUGCGGACACGGAGGAGACGGACGCCACCACCGUGACGGAUGACCUGCACGAGGGUCUGCCGCUCAUCAUGGAACACGGUUAUGAUAUCGCUGUUAAGGUGGACGCGCCAAUGAAGCAGCUAUCGACGCUGGAGACCUAUGUGACGUACCGCGUGCGCUGCGUGUGUGCUCGCUGGCCCGCGCCGCCAUACGUGAGAAGGAGAUACAACCAUUUUAAGCUCCUCCACAAACGUCUCUGCGGAGCCCACCCCUUACUGGCUCCUCCCGCCCUCCCUCCUCUGCACUCGGCGCGACAACAACUGGACCGAUACUCGCCCUCUUUCGUAGCACUCCGCACCUGCGCCCUGCACGCCUUCCUUGAGCGAGUGGCGAAGCACCCCAUCUUAACACACAGCGAUGACUUUAGAUUAUUCCUCACCACACCUGAUGAAGAAUUUGAUAAGGUUUUCAAGAGUGAGAACAGUGCGUUAAACCUGUGGGGACUGAGCAGUGCUUUGUAUGGCACUGGAGAAUCUAAAACCGCCAACGGACCUAGGGUGCAGGACCCGGAGUUCAGGUCGGCGUCGGAGUACCUGCAGUCGCUGCAGCACAAGCUGACGGCGUUGUGUGCACUCACCACUAAGCUGCACAAGAGCACUCUAGCGCUCAGCACUGAGUUUAUGGGCAUGAAACGAGCCUGCGACGCAUGGUCCGCUCAAGCGGGCGGCCGAUUAUCAGCCGCCGCUGCCGCCUGCGCGGCCGGCGCCGCUAGUGCCUGUGCGGCCACCGCCCGCCGCCCCACGCUACAGCAUCGCGCUGUGCUGCCGUUGUUAGCGGCCUAUGCUGGGGCUCAUGUCGCUAAGAUUGGACAGAGGGAUCAAGUACAUGCGGCAUACGUAGCUGGGACCAACACAACAGAUGAACUUCAUAACAGGUUAGAACAAGCAUCAGAAGCACUAAGAUCAGAACUAUCAGACUGGGUACCAAAAACCCGGUCAGAAAUCAAGACAAUACUCCUAGAUCUAGCAGACAGACAGGUAAACUUACACACACAAACUCUCCUAGGAUGGGAACAUGCUUUAAAACUAGCCUCCGAGUCUAACAUAGAAGAAAUUUUCAAAACUGUCUCAAAAACUGCAGUUCAGAACUUAUCCCCUUCUAGGUGUAGGUCUGAAAUGACUCCAACGGAAACGGAAAGAGAUUUAGAUGAUUACAGCGAAGAAUUUGACGCAAACAGCCAUGACGAUUUUGAAUCUAAUCACGUUUAUGAUGAUGACAGGGUCGUUGAUUCAAAAUUGAAUUUGGAAAAUGAUUCCGAUUCUAAAAUGCUUGUUAAUGAUUUUGAUUCUAAAUUGGAGUUGGAUAAUAAGAACGAUUCUUUAAAUGCGAAUGUUAAGGUUGAUACAGAGGAUGUGAUAGAAAAUUCUGCUGUUAAAACACAGGAAGAAAUUAUUAAUGAGAUUUUAGAUGAUACGACAACGGAAGCUUCAAGUAGUGACUUGAAACCAAAAUCGUCGGAUUCCAAAAGCGAUGGAAUUUCAGAUCCGUUAAGAGAUUUCACAGAUGUUGAUCUAUCAUGAUUUUGUGAUUCACUUUUAAUUGGUUUACUCAAAGAUUUGUAGCCUUGAUCAAGGAACUGGGAUCGCCAGUUCCUUUCGGAUUUUAAUGAAGCAUUUGAUACUGUCAAGCAGUAGGUUUUACUGUGUUUCUGGCACUUUUCUGCCGUAGUUUGGUCUUUAAUGAUUAUUAACAGACGAGAGGACGAUUUUCGACUUUAUUUCAACAACUAUAAGGUUGUAAAUGCAGAGUAUGUAGAAGAAAAAUUUGAGGGGUGUCACUAGGCAGUAUGUUUGGUCCAGUACGUUUUAGGUACGUCUGUGAGAUUAUUUGAUAUUUCGAAUAACAUAUGAAAGUAUUGCAAUAAAAUUUGGAGUGGAUAAUUCUGUAAAUAUUGAUUCUGAUCUAAUUUUAAGUAGGUUUAAUUGAUUUUAAUAUACAGUUUUGGCAUCGAAUAAUUGAAUUAACUCGCAACCUGUAGUUGUUUUUUUGUUUAAUAAAAUCUGCGUUUAUUAAUCAUUUAAUAAAAAUACAAGAAUAAAUAUUAUAUUGUUUUUGUGUAUUACUCCAGGUUUUUUGUUAUAAUGGUGAAUCUAGAUAUUAUUUACCAAAUACAAAGCUCAUUUUGAAGAUUUCUUAUAUAUUUGGUCGACGCCGCGGGCAAAACUUAUAUUUAAUACUAAGACAAUAUAAAAAUGUAUCCAAAGCAAUGUUUAAAAAUAUCAUAUCAUAAUACACCUGUUAUACAAUUUAGUUUAAUUCGUAAUUACUUAAUUACCUGGCCAGUUUCACCGGUUACUGAUAAAGUCUCUCAGGUCAUCAUCCUCCGAGCCUUUUCCCAACUAUGUUGGGGUCGGCUUGCAGUCUAACCGGAUGCAGCUGAGUACCAGUGUGCCACAAGGAGCGACUGCCUAUCUGAUCUCCUCAAUCCAGUUACCCGGGCAACCCGAUACACCUCGGUAGACUGGUGUCAGACUUACUGGCUUCUGACUAACCGUAACGACUGCCAAGGAUGUUCAAUGACAGCCUGAUACUGAUGAUGUCAUAGCCUGUCAGGUACUUAUCUGACAGAUAAUCUAUAAGUAACUUUUAUUUCACAUGUUGCGAGUAGCAAUAUAAGCAGCCUUUAUCUGUCAGAUAGCGUUAACUAUCGAAUAGCAACACUUUAUCAGCAACCAGUGAAACUGGGUGUGAAACUAUAUUGUAAUUGUUCGGCCUUAGAAGUCACUUUUUAACUUAUUGUGAAAAGGUGGUAUUACAUUUAUCAAAGACUAUCUGAAUUCCAGCGGUUUUACGCACGUCCUGUGGGAACUACUACCCGUACCCGUAUUUAUAAAUGCGACAGUAACUGUCUUUCGCGCUUUAUUUCACACGAAUACUACGUAACCAAUUUACAUAAAAUUUGGUAAAAAAAUUGGUGGUUUGGUAAAAACAAGUGGAAAAAUAAUUUAUUUUGUUAAAACAUGGGUAUAUGUUUACUGGAACCUGCUUUUUAGCCUGGUGCUGGAAGAAGUUUCCUCGGGACGCCGGUAGAACUGCAGAUAACAUUAAAAAAAUGGUUUUUAAUAAGUGUAACACCAGCCUAAAGAUGAAUGAAACUAUGUGUACAAUGAGAAAGCCAAAUGAUUGUAUAUUUUAAAUUAUUACAUAAAACUAGCAUUUAUUGUUAUUGGAGAAAUAUGAUCAAAAUCUAUUUUUCUAUGAUAGAUACUGAUGUAUGUAAUUUUGAAUUAACUAUUAUCAUCUGCCUAGUCUUUUUCCAACUAUGUUGGGGUUAAAAACGGCAAAAUUAUUUGACGUGUGACUACGGUACUGGAACGUAAUUUGAUUUUUGUUUGUUUUUCUCUAAUUAUUUUUGGUUCACACUCUGAUGAAUGCAAAUAAAUGUAUAUCGCUAUGUUGCGCUUUCCUUACAGCUAUUCCCAAUAUUCUAUUUAUCUGUUCUCGCGCUAACUAGAGAUAGGUAUUUAUCCUAUAACUUGUAUGAGACUAAUAUCAAAACUCUCUAUCUAGCAAACAAAUCAACGGAUAGAUAAGAAAGUUGGAAAUAGCCAUUAGUGGCGUUUAUCAUUGUGAAUUUGUUGAAGUUCUCGCCAAACUUUAGUGCAUACCGGAAUAUUGCGCACCGCUGCGCUAAAACCAUUCUAGGGCCCAAGUUUCCCCCAGUGGGGCCCACCAGGGUCAAAGCCUGCCGGAGCUGCGGGAUUGUUCGCGCGAGUUAUCGCGGCGCUGUCGGCGCUGUAAGAAGGAACUUCUUAAGAAUUAACAUGGUGGGCUCUCACGCUGCUAUCCCAUAGCGGGAGUCGUCAUUUGAUUUCUCAUCGAAAAAAAGGUUAGAUACAGACGCCAUUAAGUUUGGUGAGACAUAUUUCAACUGCCCAGAAAAUAUUUUUAAUCCUACUGUUCCACUUGAUAGCAAUAAUUCACUGUAACCACAUUUCCUUGGUAUUUUUAGAUAAUUAUAAUGUUGUGUAAAUAUAUCAUCGCAAUAUGUUUGUAUAUAAAGGAAUAUUUAUUCAAA